AUGUAUUAUGGAAAAAUUUUCGGAAGCUCGGGUAAUCCAAAACCGAUUGAGGGUGGUGGGGAAGAAUGCAGAGACAAAAAAAUAUUCAGAAUCAGAUCGUAUGGUGACACUCAAGAUCUAGUGAUUCUUGUUGACAGAUUCGGGCAGCGAGUAAGAGUUCAACCCGCGCUCAGUAAAAAGCCCAGAUAUAACUCCAACGAUACGGGUGGUACUGUUUGGCACUAUGUGAACACUAGAAAUCGACUCGAACAUUUUUAUUCGGACAGUGUCGACACAGUAGCAGAGCCGAAGUUGCAAUUCGUCUAUCCUCAUCCGGAGCUGAAAAUCCUGAACUAUCAUAAGAUUGUCGAGGACAGUAGAGAAGAAAGUCAAGACUCGCUCAGCAAAAGUGAGAUGUGUGCUUCAUUUGGAGAACCAUUCUUCUUUGAAGUACAUGAUGAUAUCGCACCUGAUGAAUGGAUGUUAGUUGUGUCAACACGUCGUUGGGUGAAUCCCAUGCAUGCUCACAGGAGAAUGUCGUACCCUCACGCUAUUAUUCGGAUGAAACAACAUCACUUUUUCAGCAAAGGCUGGGCUCGAGCUCUUCCAAUUGUCGUUGCGAACAUUCUCAUUUUGCUCGUCGGAACACUUGUCUUCUUACGACUUGUCGGUUACUACAAUCGAGAAUAUCGAAAAAGACGUUUUGGAACUGACACCUCGUUCAGCGUCCUGAGUCACUGA